ACCCUUCGUUUAAUUCGUUUAAUUCUAUCUGCAACUACUUUAUUCCUCAUCCUAAUUUAAGUUUACUUAAAAUUGAACCUAGGCCCAAUUCACUUGGCCGCCCUCCCCCAUUCCUUCGACCCAAUCCCUAAAACAAACGUUGCGGCGUUGCCUUCUUCGAUCGAAUUACAGGGUGUUUUGAGGCGAAAGAGCAGCUGUUGCAGCUUGAAUCGCAUCAAAUCACAAAAACAAAACUUUGUUUGAAUCAUCGAUGCUCCCGUGACCUCUAUCCCCUCUUCACUCACCUCCGCUACUCUCCUUUCAUCACCCAGUUAUGGUCUUGUGGCCUGUGGGAGGAGGAAGAAAGCGAAAGGCACCAACAGCGUCGAUGGAUUGCGCCGGCGACGUGGACGAUGGAAGGAUUCCUAGGGCCGGAGGAAGCUUGCUGCUGCGACUCUGGUCUGCUGCUAGGAACAAUGGCAUCAGCCUCCAACCCGCAAACCGUCACAACCGGGUUAACCGUCCGGGUUUGCCGGGUUUGACCGAGUCAAGGUGGGUUUGACUUUUCCGGGCUAACUCUUAGAUGGGUGAAUGGCGCCCGUUUUAGUGUCCGGGUCCGGGUCAAACCGGGUCAACCCGCGGGUCGACCCGCGGGUUGACAACCUUGGUCAGGUGUGAAUUUGUCCAAAACUCAGUCCAACCAGGUCAAAGCGAGUUGAACCUGUUGGUGACGAGUUUUGAGUCGAUAGUGAGUUUUAGAUUGAGUGUUUUUCAUUUUGUUUUUUCCUUUUAUUUGAGAAAGACAAUUGAACCCAAAUCCAUGGAUAUCCAACCUAAUUUGAAAAGAUCUAGAGAAUAACAAAAUUAUGAAAAGAAUAAUUAAAAAUGAAUUAAGAUUACUUUCUCAUUUUAAUUAACAAUAAAACUAUUACUCUUUAAAAUAAUUUUUUUAUACGCGAAACAAUAGGUCAAUAGCCAACGAGCUUUUGCUUAACAUAUGAUAUCUGACGACUGACAUGGGUAGUAGUGAUCUUCCACAAGACAUUAAUUAUUAUUUUAUGACCAUGAUUGUCAUUAGAGAAGGCAAUCGCCCUUCAAAAGAAAAUCAGAAUGAAUCACGUGGGAGAGUUAUUUUAUUAUAUCCUCCUUGGACUUCAUUCGAUUUUCACAACCAAAUUCAUGAAUCGGUUGCCUCAUCCCAUACGACCAGCAAAGUAGACGACAGAGCAACCGCAGUGGAAAAUUUUGGCGCCAUGGAAACUUUGUUAUAUCCGCUCCUUUCAGAUGGAAUCCCCUUACAAAUUCAUUUCAGUUGCAGAGGGGGGAAAUAGGAAGAGGAAUAGAGGAUCCAUCGAUCAUGAGUGAAGAAGGGACGGUAUGUGUGACAGGGGCUACAGGGUUCAUAGCUUCAUGGCUGGUCAAGCUUUUGCUUCACCGCGGCUACACCGUCAAAGCUUCUGUUCGUGACCCAAGUGACAAGAAGAAGACGGCCCAUUUACUUGGACUUGAGGGAGCAGCGGAAAGGCUCCAACUUUUCAAAGCAGACCUGCUGGAAGAAGGAUCUUUUGAUUCCGCCAUGGAAGGGUGUGUUGCAGUUUUCCACACGGCUUCCCCUGUUUUCUUCUCUGCCGCUGACCCCCAGGCAGAGAUAAUUGAUCCUGCGGUGAAAGGAACCCUCAACGUUCUGAAAUCAUGUGCGAACUCUCCUUCAGUAAAGAGAGUGAUCGUAACUUCCUCUGUCGCAUCGAUUUUCUACACAGGGAAACCGGUAAGCCCAGAUUCAGUGGCUGAUGAGACUUGGUUCUCCGAUCCAGAUCACUGCAAGGAACUUAAGGUUUGGUACCAACUUAGCAAGACCUUGGCUGAGAUAGCUGCGUGGAAUUUUGCAAAGGAGAAUGGAAUCGACAUGGUGACUAUACAUCCUGGUUUUGUAAUUGGUCCCUUCUUACAGCCCACUCUCUGCUCUUCAGUGAGCAUGAUUCUCAACCUGGUUAAUGGAAACCAGACUUACCCAAACUUCCAUUACUGGGUGGUUGAUGUUAGAGAUGUUGCAGAAGCUCAUAUCAAAGCUUUUGAGAAUCCAUUAGCUUGUGGAAGAUACUGCUUAGUUGAAAGUAGUGUGUCCUUCUCUCAUGUUCUGGGGAUUCUUCAUGAGCUCUACCCAACAUUGCCUCUGGCUGACAAAUGUGAAGAAAUCAAUACUGUGAAGCUGCCGGAGUUUAGGGCAUCCAAGGAGAAGGCGGAAGUGGGCUUGGGGAUCAAGUUCGUCCCACUAGAAUUGUCUCUCAAGGACACUAUUGAAUGUUUGAAGGAUAAAGGAUUCCUUCAUUUCUAAUUCAGAACACUUUCUUUCAUGUAUGCUUUUCGAAAAAUAAAAAACAAAAAUGGUCUUUUUAGAGCUGGAUAAUUUUCAUAGAACAGGGCAAAAAGGUCAGGGCUUUGGAAGUUAACUUCACUAUGAUGUGCUCAUUGAUCUUAGUCCAUGUGUAUCAAUCCCGAAUGAAAGAAUCAGGCCAUGAUUACGAUCCUAACAUGAUCUUUGGCCGUUGGAUCGCACGAUCCAUGUUUCAUGACCGGAAUGCAAGUUCAUCCAAUGCCCAUUAGGACCCAAACCAGAUUGUCAUUUAACAUUACUACAUACAUCCAAAGUUGAUGGUCGCAAUUUCUUGUUCCCUCAAUUGUCCCCCCUUCACGUUUUCCCCAUUCUUUCUGGACAUAGCCAUAGUUCAUUGUUGUAUGAAGAGCAGAGUCUCUCUGUAGCAGAACUAAUUAACUAAGAAACAGAGCACUUGUCGUAUUCUGCAAACCCCACGCCUUUCUCCAUCUAGAAAUAGCAUUUUUUUUAUGGAAAACAUCUCUUGUCACGUUAGGUGACAAAACACCUAAUGUCAAUUUAUUCACGUAUUUUUGUACUCAUUCACGCCAUUUUGUGUGUAUUCACGUAAUACUAUGUUUAUUCACGUAAGAGUGUAAGUUAUUCACGUAAAUGAAAAUUCAGACUUUUCCCCCCUAAUAAUUUGUAUUGGCUAUAUUUUAUGGAAUUAAAUUUGGAUUCUCAAUUAGUCUGUCAAAAUAUGUUGCAUUGAUCAUAAUCUACACAAUGACAUCCAUUUUGAUAUAUUUUAACGUCUAAAAUUUAAUUUUACAAUGGCGUGAAUAAAUAACAAUAUGCGUG